GGCGAUGCAGGACCUGCGGAAGCCCGCGAGCAAGCUGCAUGUGUGCAUCAUCGGCGCCGGCAAGAUGUCCAGGUUGCUGCUGCUGGCGCUCUUCAGCAAGUACCCGGACAUCAAGGUCAGCCUCGUGAACCGCUCCAUAGAGAAGGCACAGGAAGUGCUCGACGACGAGUUGGUCAGGAACCGGGGCGGGUCGAAUGCGGAAGUCGUCCCGUUGGAGAAGAUGUUCGAGGUGAUGCGCCAGAGCGAUGUUACCUUCACUGCUACCGGCAGCAAG